CGGCGCCGUCGCAGGCUCGCUUUCCGGCGGGUGCGCGGGGCUCCUGGCUCCUCUCGCCAUCCUCCAGUACCUCAGGGCGUCUCUGGUCUCCUAACUCCCUGGCGGCUAGUCUGUGGCAAGACAGCGGGGCCGGUCCCGGUUCUAGCCUGACCCGCGAGGUGACCUUGGUCGAGUCCCCUGUCGCGCCGAGCCGUGGCGUCCGUCUGUGGCGCAUGCCUGUCAGGGACUCGGCUCCCGAGCGGUUGGCGACACAGACCUAGAGCGGCCCCACAGGCUGCCCCGGGGCAGGGGGAGCGCCGGGCCGCCGAGGGCGGUGGGGAAAGCUCGGCCGGUGGGAGAUGCCCCUACACGUGAAGUGGCCGUUCCCUGCGGUACCGCCGCUCACCUGGACCCUGGCCAGCAGCGUCGUCAUGGGCCUUGUGGGCACCUACAGCUGCUUCUGGACUAAGUUCAUGAACCACCUCACUGUCCACAACAAGGAGGUGCUGUAUGAGCUCAUCGAGAACCGAGGCCCAGCCACGCCCCUCAUCACGGUCUCCAAUCACCAGUCCUGCAUGGAUGAUCCUCAUCUUUGGGGGAUCCUGAAACUCCGCCACAUCUGGAACCUGAAGUUGAUGCGUUGGACCCCCGCGGCCGCAGACAUCUGUUUCACCAAGGAGCUGCACUCCCACUUCUUCAGCUUGGGCAAGUGUGUGCCCGUGUGCCGAGGGGAUGGCGUCUACCAGAGGGGAAUGGAUUUCAUUUUGGAGAAGCUCAACCACGGGGACUGGGUGCACAUCUUCCCAGAAGGGAAAGUGAACAUGAGCUCCGAGUUCCUGCGCUUCAAGUGGGGAAUUGGACGCCUGAUUGCUGAAUGUCAUCUCAACCCUGUCAUCCUGCCACUGUGGCAUGUUGGGAUGAAUGACGUCCUUCCUAACAGCCCGCCCUACUUCCCCCGCUUCGGACAGAAAAUCACCGUGCUGAUCGGGAAGCCCUUCAGUGCCCUGCCUGUGCUGGAGCGGCUCCGGGCAGAGAACAAGUCAGCUGUGGAGAUGCGCAAAGCCCUGACUGACUUCAUUCAGGAGGAAUUCCAGCGCCUUAAGACCCAGGCAGAGCAGCUCCACAACCACCUGCAGCCUGGAAGAUAGGCGGCACCCCACCCAGACCCUGCCCUAGCUUCCUCUGGGACUGGGGAAGGGUGGGGAGGCGGGCGUGGGGGGGAAGAGGCACUCUAAGACCCAAGCCCCAGCUGCUGGGCUCUCAGUACUGUCUUUGGCUUCUCGUGCCGCCCAGAGCUGGGCUGGGGGAUGGACUGAUGCUUUGAGCUCAGAUACGGUUUUUCAGACAGAUUUUUCCAGCAUCCUCAAUGGGUGCUGUCUCCUAGUUGGUGAGCGUUCCAGCUCCUCUGCGGUUCUCCAGUUGAAGGAGGUCUCUGAUGCUCCUCCCACCUGGCCAGGCAGGGAGGGGGAAAUUUCAGCAGGGGCUUCCUUCCUUCUUGCCUUCAAGGUGUUCUCUCUCAGGGUUGGUGCCUGGAGGGAGGUUAGUUGAAGGGGCGGGUGGCCAGGCCAGAGCUUCAAGGGGCCCACCAGGCCCGUGGCCUGGCCCCCCGCCUGCUCUGAUCCAGGAGCUGCUCACCAUUUGCUCAGGGAUGGCCAUCAGCCAUGUCUUCCUUCCGCCCAGGCUCCCUCACAGGCAUGGGAGCUGCAGGCAGAAGAGCAGCCCUUUUCCUGAAGUGUAGCCCAGCCAAACGGAGCCUGCGGCAAGGGCCAGAGACCUGGCCAUUUGCCCCUGUGCUGGGGCCCACCAACUUCUCCAUCCUUCCCACCUCCCUGGCAUGACUUGAAUCCCUGGGGGCCUAGGUUUUCAUGUUUUAUAAACAAUAAAGCAUCUGUGUUGUGCUCUUUGA